UAAAAACCCAAGAAGAAGAAGAAGACGAAGAAGACGACGACGCAGCAGCGACGGGUGCUUUAUGGUUCGUUUUGGUAUAGCCAAGGACCAAGAUGGCGCUGAGAGGACUGGUUUUCUGUAUCCCAUUUGUACUUCAUCAGCGUAAUUCUCCAAGAUUCGCAGUAUUAUGUGCGGCAGUGAAAUUGAACUGUUUUACAUGCAGAGUUGAAGCCAGGCGAUACCUGUUGUCAGAGGAUGUGGUGAGAUUGGAAGAUUUUCAGAAGAAGAAACUUGCUGUGGCCCAACAAGUGUCUGGAUCAAAAGGGCAUUUCUUUAAUGCAAUAAAUCAGAAAAUAGAAACUAGUCAAUUGAUCUUGAAGGAUGAACUGAAGCUGCUUCUCCUUCUCUGCCAAUCACCUGAGGAUAUGGUUACGGCUAGAAAUGCUAUCUACAGGUACCAUGAAGAAAAUUGUAAUAUGGCAUUCGGGGAGUUCAGGUUUGGACCUCUGUUUAUGAGACUGUGUUAUGAACUGGGCCUGGCAGAUUUAGCACUCACUACACUAACUGAUAAGAGGCUAAAAGGAUUCUUUCCAGACUGUACUUCUUUUAACCUGGCCAUAGACCUGCUGUUCAGUAAAGGACACUUGGAAGGUGUGUUGGAGCUGAUGUGGGAGAUGAAAGCCCAAGGUGUUGCUUUCAACAAGGACACCUUUACACUGGCAUUUGCUACCUGCUACAAGCUAAACACCCCUAAGUCAUACCAGAUCUGCUUGGCCCUGCUGGAGGAGGGUCAGGCCAAAGUCAGCUUCAUUCCUAGACAUGCCUAUUGCAUUGCAGUUGCCUUUGCCCUCAAGCAGGAUGAUGUUGAGCGAGCACAGAGUAUCUACUCUCAGAUCAUGAACACAGACAACAGACUAUGCCAAAACCUGAGAGUACUUCUGUUGGCCAUGGCAGGAUCAAUGAAAGAUGCAGUCUCUGUCCUCACAACAGCCCUGUUGUCCAAUAGUUUAGUGUUUGUAAAGAAGCCAGACUUCUGCCAGGAAGUGGUUGAUGUGUUGAGAGAGAGAAGUGAAGAUGGGCCAUGGAGAGUGCAAGUUGAGCAUCUGGUUAAGCAGCUGCAGCAGGCAGGUCAGGUGAACCCACAAAGGCUGGACCACUUGCUGUACCGCACACCUACAGGGAAAAGGAAGCUUUUGUCUUUUCUGAAGGAGGAGAACAGGAGGACCAGCAGCCGAAGGACUCUGAGACCACUGCUGUCAGAGUGAUGGUCAUGGUCACUGCCAAAGUUACUAAAAUAUGAGUAGUGCACAAUACUGAUGCAUCUGUGCCUGGUAUUAAAACCAUAAUAUUUUUAGAAGUGUGGGAAAAAAAUGUCCACAAGUUAGCUGUCCAGAGUAUCCAGAAAACAUUGAGUUGGAGGCAUUCGAUCCAAGGGUUUCUGUAGUGUGAUACUGUGGGACUUGUGAGUAGAAAGUUAAACUAUUUCUCAAAUUGAGAGUAUGAUUUCUGUCUAAAUAUUUUCCCUGUGUGCAUAGGCUGCAUUUAUUAUAGAGUAUUUAAGAUGUAGGUUUGAACAAGAAGAUUGUGUGUGUGUUGAAAUGACUAGGGCAUUUUUCUUACAUUUAUAAUAUAAAUGCAAUAAAGAACAUCUGAAUAGUUA